GCUAGCUUCCUUCUGCUAACGCAACAACAGUGGUCGAGAGCUACGAUCAUGAUUAGCUGCAAUACUCAAGCGUCUCCUUCUUCUCCUGCCGUAGAAACGUUUGGACAAGCGAAGUCAGCCUGUCACUGCCAGGAGUUGAUUUGUAUGGAGGAGGACAAAAUGGAGGUCGGGGGAGAUCCCCUAAAGUCUUUCAUGGGUGCCAAAGAGGAGCGUAACAACAGAGUGACCGUGUACAGUGUGACGGAGACCCCUCCCUGGUACCUGUGCACUUUUUUGGCCUUCCAGCAUUACCUGACGGCAUUUGGCAGCAACAUCGCCAUCCCGCUCAUCUUAGCGGACGGAUUGUGCUUGCAGCACGACGGCUUGACCCAGAGUCACCUCAUCAACACCAUCUUCUUUGUUUCGGGGCUGUGCACCAUUCUGCAGGUCACCUUCGGCAUCAGACUUCCCAUCCUGCAGGGAGGCACCUUCGCCUUACUCACUCCAGCGUUGGCCAUGUUGUCCAUACCUGAAUUCCAGUGUCCGUCUUGGACCCAAAAUGCCAGCUUGGUGGACACGUCCUCGCCUGUCUUCAUCGAAGUGUGGCAGACGCGAUUGAAAACACUUCAGGGCUCCAUCAUGGUGGCGUCACUCCUGCAGAUCCUGGUGGGAUUCUCUGGACUGGUGGGAUUCCUCAUGCGCUUUGUCGGCCCGCUCACCAUCGCGCCCACCAUCUCGCUCAUCGGUUUGUCCAUGUUUGAUGCGGCCGGAGCCCGGGCCGGCAGCCACUGGGGAAUCUCAGUCAUGACUGCGGCGUUAAUCAUCCUGUUCUCUCAGUACUUGCGCUUCGUCGGGCUUCCUCUUCCCGCCUACAGCAAGGCCAGGAACUUGCAGACAAAAAAAUUCUACAUCUUCCAAACCAUGCCCAUUCUACUGGGAAUUGCCGUGUCCUGGUUAGUGUGCCACCUGCUCACCAUCUACGACGUGCUGCCGUCCGAUCCGGACCGAUACGGACACCAGGCCCGGACUGAUGUGAAGGGGGACGUGGUCGGUCAGGCUUCCUGGUUCGUCCUGCCUUAUCCAGGCCAGUGGGGUAUCCCGGCGGUGAGCCUGGCAGGAGUUAUUGGAAUGAUGGCUGGAAUCGUGUGCUCCAUGGCCGAGUCGGUGGGUGACUACUACGCGUGCGCCAAGCUGUCAGGGGCGCCGCCUCCGCCCAAGCACGCCAUCAACCGAGGAAUCGGCGUCGAAGGGAUCGGCAGCUUGCUGGCGGGGGCCUUUGGCACCGGUAACGGCACCACCUCCUUCAGCGAGAACGUGGCCGCCCUGGGCAUCACCAAGGUGGGAAGCCGAGUGGUGAUUCUGCUCAGCGGAGUCGUCAUGAUACUGAUGGGGGUCUUGGGUAAAAUCGGCGCCAUCUUUUCCACCAUCCCCAACCCCGUGAUCGGAGGGAUGUUCUUGAUCAUGUUCGGGGUCAUCGCUGCAACGGGGAUCUCCAACCUGCAGUCAACAGAUAUGAAUUCCUCCAGGAACAUCUUUGUGUUCGGGUUCUCCUUGUUUUCCGGGCUGGUCGUUCCUAAUUGGGUCACCAAGAAUCCGAACAUCUUUGCCACAGGUGUGAGCGAGGUGGACGCGGUGCUGCGGAUUCUUUUUACAACUCAAAUGUUCGUCGGAGGCUUCCUGGGCUUCUUCUUGGACAACACCAUUCCCGGCACCAAGCGUGAACGCGGACUGUUGGUCCCAGAUGAAACACACCUAGAGGCUUCCGGAAUCUUGGAAACGGCGGACAUUUACAACCUCCCAUUCGGCAUCACAAAGCGGCUGUCGUCACGGCCUUGGGUCCGCUACAUCCCGUUCUGCCCGUGGAGAGGGCUCGGCGCUCGGUGACAGUACCCGCAAAGGUUCUGUUUUUGCACCCUUGAUAUCAGUACCGAUCUAUUUUUCUGACCGUGUAGCGGGCAACAAAAUAUGUGGCUAGCAAUUACGUUUUUAUCAGUGCACCCGCUCGGUUUUUAUGAUAUUGCUUUGCGACGAUUCCAUGAGAGAUAACAGCCUGAAAGGUAAUAAGUCAGAAUCUUGUCAGCUAUGAGGAGAGUUGCAUACACGACCCAGGUUGAACCUUGCUGAUCCUCACAAAGUCCAGUGACUGUGUCUUUUUUUUCAAAGCCAUACGAUUAUGCAGCUGGAAAGUCUGCUGCUCCAACUCACGGGGAUAACAUCAGACAAUACGAGCGCACACCAUGAUGAUUAUCAUAAGAUGAAUUAUACGAGGCGGGCAUUACAGAAGCAGACCAGUUUGUUCAAUGAAGCCGCAUAAAUUCAUUAAAGUCAAACAGGAGUGAGACUCUAGUUGUUUAUUCUAAAGUCUGUCCCCCCCCCCUUUAUUAUAGAGCAACUUUGUGUGCAAACUGGGAAAUCUUCAAAACCUAAAUAAGGCUGAUAAAAAAAGAAAUAGGCUUAGAAAGAAGAUUGUUGUUGCUAUUUAAUCACGCCACAAAGCUUAACACGGCCAAUUUUGCUCAGUUUGACAAUAACCUUAUAAAGCUCACAUAUAAAACACAUCUUCAAACACAGAGUUCAAACAAAUAUUUGUAAUUGCUUUUUGUAUUUGUCUACUCUAAUGAAUGUUUGCCCAAAACUCCACACGGGAAAGUGUAGGAGCAUCGGUGUGAGAACUUCAAUAAAAUAUUCAUAUGCAUGCUGCAGCU